AUGUGGGUGAUGCUGAUCUCCAUGCCGAAUCUUUUCAUCAACUCCUCCAGCGUGAGCAGGCCCCUCAACUGGUUCGACUGGCUUCUCGUGGCUGGUUUCGCCUAUGCAGUUGUCGUCGAAAUCCUGGCGGACAUCCAGAAGGCCAAUUGGGUCCAGGCUGGCCGACCUGGCGGCUUCUGUCAGGUCGGUGUAUGGAGCCUCUCCAGGCAUCCGAACUACUUUGGGGAGAUUUUUCAGUGGUGGUGCGCCUUUCUUCUGGCAUACAACAGCUCAGAAGCUUCCUCUGGCUAUAUGGAUCCUUUGUGGUGGGCUUGCAUCCUGUCCCCCCUCUUCACGAUGCACAUUCUGUUGAAUAUUGGUGCAACUGGCAUCUCCAACGCGGAGGGUAAGAAUCUCAAGCGCUACUACGAGAAGUGCCCUGAAGAGUAUGCGGAAUACCGGAAGAAUACCUCCAUUCUCAUUCCGAUGGUGGGCUACAGACACAUUCCGCUGAGUGUGAAGAGGCCGAAUUUGGUGCCUCGCAUGUCAGGUCUCCUAGACUUUUCCAGUUUGCACUGCGGUUUAGGGGUUUAA